AUGGAUAUCCCCGCCUUCGCCGAAAAGCAAAUAGAGCUUCUCCAAGCCGAACGCCAUGCGGACAUCACCCUACAAACGGCUCUCCUCUCAACCCUACCACCCAACGCCCUCAUGCGCCACGGCCUCGCACUAACAAACCUCCUCCCAACCUCCCAACGCACCGGUUUCGGCGGCCGUACUAUCAUAGACCUCGAACCGGACUCGGCAAUAUUCCCCACUGGUCUCCUACCCCCGCAUGGAAUCCGCCAAGGCGACAUAGUUCGAGUAGAAGCGCAGCCAGGAGGUUCGGCUAGCAAGAAGGAGAAAACCGAGGCCAAGGCUGCUGGGAUUGAAGGAGUUGUGCAUAGAGUUUUUGAAGGACGGCUCGCGGUUGCGGUGGAGGCUGCGGGGGAUGAGGUUGAUAGGGUUUGGACCGGGAAGAGGUUGUGGGUUGUGAAGGUUGCAAACGAAGUUACGUUCAAAAGAAUGGAGAAGGCUAUGGGGUUUCUGAAGACUGUGGGGGGGAAGGGUGAUACAACUGGGCUGGUGGACGUUCUGUUUGGGAGGAGGGCCGCGAGGGAUGUCGCAGAAGAAUAUGAGAAGAUGGAGGUAAACUGGUUUGACGAGGGGUUGAACGACAGCCAGAAGCAGGCUGUUAGAUUUGCGCUUGCGAGUGAGGAGGUCGGUGGGUUGUAGUUUUCUUUAAGGUUAUGAAUGGAUGGUUGCUCACUAUGGUGUUCGUCUAGCGUUGAUACAUGGACCCCCGGGAACAGGAAAGACACAAACAUUACUAGAAAUCAUCCUCCAACUCGCUACUCCCCCAACAACAAAUUCGUCCACUCCUCCAACACCAAAGAAGAUCUUGGUAUGUGGGCCGUCAAACAUAUCAGUCGAUAACAUUGUCCUCCGCCUCCCCUCCUCUCUCCCAACAAUCCGCAUGGGCCACCCUGCCCGCCUCCUCCCAAAGGUUAUCGAGCGCAGUCUGGACAACCUAACCCGGACCUCUGAGCAGGGUGAGAUAAUCACUGACGUGCGUAAAGAGAUGGAUGACCUCUUGUCAAAGCUCAAAGCGACCGGAAAGGCCCGAAUGAAAGGUCGUGCUCGAAAAGAAGGCUGGGACACAGUCCGCCACCUGCGGGGGGAAUACCGUGAACGGGAGAAGAAGUGCGUUACCGAGUUAGUUAAAUGGAGUGAAGUGCUUAUCCGAUUCACGCUCGGGUGAAUGAGUGUGGGCUAAUGACGCGUAGGUUGUAUUGGCAACUCUCCACGGCGCCGGUAGCAAGCAACUCUGGAGCGAAAAAUUCGAUAUAGUAAUCAUCGACGAAGGUUCCCAAGCCCUCGAGGCGCAGUGUUGGAUUCCUUUACUAUUAACAAAUAAGUCUGGUAUUCAAAAAUUGAUACUUGCUGGGGACCCAAUGCAACUGCCACCAACAAUAAAGUCGCAUACAAAAGCUGCUAUCCCAAAACCACCGAGGACAAAAACAGAAAUACCGGGUUCCCUAGAAAUUACGCUAUUCUCGAGAUUACUAGCGAUACACGGCGAAGGGAUAAAGCGCCUAUUAACCACGCAAUAUCGAAUGCACGCGACGAUUAUGCACUUUCCGAGCCAGGAGCUGUAUAACGGCUCCUUGAUCGCUGCACCCUCGGUCGCAGAGAGGUUGCUGUGCACAUCAUUACCAUACCCAGUGACCGAAACCGAAGACACCUCCAUCCCUCUACUAUUCAUAGAUACUCAGGGCGGCUUCUUCCCCGAGGACCCAUCCCCACACACCCCCAGCACCAAAUCUCCAACCUCAGAGUCAAAGUCCAACACUCUUGAAGCACGUCUCGUAGCAACGCACAUCCACGCCCUUAUCACUGCCGGCGUCCGCCCAGAAGACAUCGGCGUGUUGACACCCUACUCCGCCCAAGUCUCACUCAUAACCAAGCUUCUCCGGGGUGCGUACCCGGCGGUAGAAGUCAAUACUGUGGACUCAUUCCAAGGACGGGAGAAAGAAGCGGUAGUGUUUUCACUCGUGAGAAGUAACGAUAAACAGGAGGUGGGGUUUUUGAAGGACGAGCGGAGAGUAAAUGUAGCUGUUACUAGACCUAGGUGCCAUUUGUGUGUUGUUGGCGAUGCGGAGACUGUAGGGCGGGGAGGGAAGGGGGCGUUUUUGGGGAGAUGGAUUGGAUGGUUAGAGAGUGCGGAGGGGGUGGAGGUUAGGUAUGCAGAUGUGGGGGAGGUGCUGGCAGGGUGGGCGGGAGGGAUUGAAAUUGAGAGGGAGGAUUAG